GAGCAGGUAAAGAAUUUCUAACCUCUUCAUAUGACUCAGAUUGUGAGCAGUUGUUGCUGCUUUUGAUUGUGAUUUAUUCACUUAAAAUCGCAAUUAACGAAGUAAAUUAACGUAAAAUCAUCAUGAGUUUAAAUAUCGUGCAGUGUUUAAAUCAAAUCGCCACGUAUUGCAGAAUACAAGGCGCUAAAAUAAGCAUUGAUGCAAAUUCUGUUCCAACUUGUGUAUACAAGAACAAGACUACAGUAGGUGCUUUAAACAUUGCUUUGAUGUUGAUUGAAGCUUCCAAAACCAACUUAUCUGCACAAAAUUCAGUUGAGUUGGCACAAAUCUAUGAGUGGUUCGAAUAUACUCUGCUGUAUUGCACAGCAAGCAACUCACAAGUUGUUAUUAAGGAUUUGAAUGAUCAUCUUUCUCUGAAGACAUUUUUAGUGAAUGAUAGACUAACAAUUGCUGAUAUAAUCCUAUAUUAUGCAGUUUACAAUAUUGUGGAAAACAUGACUUAUCUUGAGAAGGAGAAGUUUGUGCACUUUUCAAGAUGGUUUGACAACAUGCAGCAGGAUAAAAAGCUUCUUCAGAAGAACAAAUCCAUUGACUUCAGCACUAAUUACUUGGUGAGUGUUGCACCUGCAAGGCAUUAAUAAUAAUAACAUGUGCAAGAUCAGAAAUAAAUUAAUUUAUGUAUGGUGAAAGGAAAAAAACGUAUGUUGGGUUGCA